GCAUGCGUGUGCGUGCCGACCCUCCCACACCCCGCAUUUCGGGCGAGUUUCCCGCCAGCGACGCGCGGCCCCGCGCCCAACCUCACAAAGAAAAAAUAAAAUCAAAAAAUGCUCAUCUUCUCACCUCUGUGUCAACAAUCAUAAGUUCAGUGCAGUGUAAAUAAAUAAGGGUUUUCAGUUCAUUAAAAUGCCAAGUCAUAAAAUAGAUAUGCCAUUUAAUCUAAACAUAAAAGCGAUCAUAACUUUCACGUGUAAUUUAUUGGUCCUCAUUAUGUGCCACGAUAUGGAAUCCGAAUCGUUUUAAAGUAAAUAAUGACAAUAAGACGACAAUAACAAGAGUUAAAUAAUAAUAAAGUAAUAGAAAACACGAAAGAUGGCGAACACAGCACAUUUAAUGCGGCGACAAAGCUCGCGGGAUCUCUACGCACAGCGGUCCAUAGACAGGAUGGAGAUGAAGGAGCUACGGGGCAGGCUCGUCACCAUGGAGAACGGCCACCCCUCGCACCGCACGCACGUCAUGUACGGCGCCACCAACGAGGCCUUCGAGGACACCAGCCCCAACAGACGCUCCUCAGAGACCCCCACCAGCAAGGCCAGCUCAGUAGAAGCCAGCGGCGUGAAGCCCGAAGGUGGCGGAGUCGAGAGAGAAUCCUGGGACAGCAAGCUGACUUUCCUCCUAGCUACAGUUGGGUACGCAGUGGGCUUAGGCAACGUGUGGAGAUUCCCAUACUUAGCUCAAAAGAACGGUGGGGGAGCAUUUUUGAUUCCGUAUUUCGUGAUGUUGGCUAUUGAGGGGAUACCGAUAUUUUACUUGGAACUGGCGAUUGGGCAGCGUUUGCGGAAGGGUGCUAUCGGGGUCUGGCAUCAGGUGUCUCCGUAUCUGGGUGGUAUCGGGAUAAGUUCGGCAGUGGUGUCGUUCAACGUGGCACUGUACUAUAACUCCAUUAUUGCGUGGUGUCUGUUCUACUUCGCUCAGAGCUUUCAGGCUGAGUUGCCCUGGGCUGAAUGUCCUAAGAAGUACUUUCCCAAUGGAUCCUAUACAACGGAACCGGAGUGUGCUGUGAGCAGUCCAACCCAAUACUUCUGGUACCGCACAACCCUUCAAAUAUCAGAAGACAUAAACCACCCAGAAACAUUCAACUACAAAAUAGCACUAGCCUUAGUCAUUGCCUGGAUCCUAGUCUACCUGUGCAUGAUCAAAGGCAUCGCGUCCUCAGGGAAGGUGGUCUACGUCACUGCCACCUUCCCCUACAUAGUCCUCGUUAUAUUCUUCUUUAGAGGCAUAACCCUUAAGGGCAUGAGUGACGGACUGAUUCAUUUAUUCACUCCAAAGUGGCACAGGAUUUUGGACCCUGUGGUAUGGCUGGAAGCAGGCACACAAAUCUUCUUUUCCCUUGGCCUCGCUUUUGGGGGUCUAAUAGCCUUCUCUUCAUACAACCCAGUUGACAAUAACUGCUACAGAGAUGCGAUUAUGGUCUCUAUGACGAACUGCUUAACGUCCAUGUUUGCUGGUAUCGUGGUGUUUUCUAUAAUUGGGUUUAAGGCUACGAUGGUGUAUGAGAAGUGUUUGGAUGUGAGGAACGAGACUUUGCUGGAGGUGUUUGGGCCUGCCUUUAAGUCCUUGGUACUGCCUGAGGCUGGGCAGACGGUGACGGUAGACCUGAAUGGGAAUCUGACGUCGUUGGUGAUGCCUCAUCUACCUGAAUGCGACUUGCAGAAGGAGCUAGAUAAUACUGCCUCCGGAACAGGCCUCGCCUUCAUUAUCUUCACGGAAGCCAUAAACCAGUUCCCUGGAGCUCAAUUCUGGUCCGUCCUCUUUUUCCUGAUGCUCUUCACAUUAGGAAUAGACUCCCAAUUCGGUACUCUUGAAGGAGUGGUCACAUCUAUAGUGGAUAUGAAACUAUUCCCGAAUUUGAGAAAGGAGUAUUUAACAGGGGGCUUGUGCCUCCUUUGUUGCCUGUUGUCUAUGGGCUUCGCUCAUGGUUCUGGCAGCUAUAUAUUUCUGCUGUUUGACAUGUAUAGCGGAAAUUUUCCGCUGCUUAUCAUAGCAUUCUUCGAGUGCGUUGGGAUUGCCUACGUCUAUGGAGUUAAAAGAUUCGCAGACGACAUCCAGCUGAUGACGGGCCAAAGACCAGGGAUAUACUGGCUAAUCUGCUGGAAGUACCUGUCUCCUCUAGCCAUGCUCUCCAUCCUAGUAUCCUCAUUCGUGGAACUAGCUACCGAAGGCUCCGCGUACGAUGCCUGGAUCAAGUCCAUAGGGGAUACAGAGAGGAAACCCUGGCCCGUGUGGGCAGUACUUCUAGUAUUGGUGCUGGUUUUAGCAUCUGUGUUGUGGAUACCAGUGCUGGCUAUUUGCAGAUACUUCGGCAUCCCCAUAAUAGACGAUGAAGAACGCGCCUGGUUCCCCGCCGAAGAGUUGAGAGACUUCCACGGCAUAGAACCGAGACCCGUCUCCACGACAGAGACCCUUCUGUUCUGCACAAGACCUGAUGGCUCCGAAGGCUGCUGCUGGCCAGGGUGCUGCGAAACUGAUGAUGAGGAGUAGUCUUAUCACGAGGACGUAAACUUCUGAACAUAGGUCUUUCUUAUAGGAGUCCAAAGGCCGGUUGGAAGUGGCGUAUGUUCAGUCAAGUAGUAUGGAAACUGGUGAAAGUUGAAAAAGCAGUUAAUAGGAUGGGAUUUCUGCGGUGCACUGGAGUGGUAUUGCAUGAAUUUCCACUAGGAAUUUUCGAAGGUUGGGUAGGACAUAUCACGUUGUCAAAGUUUGGAUAGUAUGGCAAGAUCAAAUAUAUCAAGUUUGUUUUGGUAUUUGAUCGAACAUACAAGAGCAAUGAAAGACAACUGACAAUAAUAUGGCUAUACGUCGUUUAUACAAUUUAGUAUUACAAAGGGAAAGUCAGUAGGUACAUAAGUGGAAAAGUACUUCAGUAGCGCCGCAGUAUUCCUUAUCAAAUAAUUAAAUAGUGACAGAUAAUCUUAUUUAUACCAUUUAGA